AUGUCUAAUCUACGCCAUUUGAUGAAUCACGAUGAUGAGGUCGAAGGUGGGAACCGCAGUACUGCCAUUAAUGGAACUGACACUUACAAAACCCAUAGAAGUGUAAAUAAUUCAUUCAGUAUAAAUAAUCUUGUCAAUGGGCCUGUGCCAAGCAACACCAACAACCAGGAAGAUCACCAAGCUGCUCCACUUCCAAAACUCGAAUACAAUUAUGCUACCCCACAACAAAACUCGCUAUACAGUAGUGGGGUAAGUGGCUUUCUCAACACCCAGUCUCCAUCUAUACAACCCGCAACUGACAACGAAGAACAACAACAUACGCCGACAAAUAGCAUAUCUCAAGAACAAAUAUUGGCCAGUUUUGAACGAAUCAAGACCCAUUUCCCUGCUGCCAGGAUCAAAAAAAUUAUGCAGAGCGAUGAAGAAAUAGGUAAAGUUGCACAAGCGACACCGAUUAUAGUCGGAAGGGCAUUGGAAAUCUUUAUGGCCAAUUUGGUCGAAGUGUCUGUACUACAAGCAAAACAACAAGGUGUAAAGAGAAUCACAGCGUCGCAUGUCAAAUCUGCUAUUGAAAAUACUGAACAGUUUGAUUUCCUUGUUGAGGCCGUGGAAAAGUAUCCAUCGUUGAAGAAUUGA